UAGUAAGUAAUGUGUGUGCUGUGCAAUGCAUUGCUAAUAUGUCAUCAACAAACGAUAUCUGAGAAGUAUGAAGCAAAUUAAAUAAUAGAAGUUAGUUAUGAUGUUUAUUUAAAAUUGUAUUCUCUAUCUGAAUCAUGAAAGUAAAUGUUUGGGUUUCAUUGCACCUUUAAGUGUGUAAUAUAUUACAGUAACUUACAGUGUCAGUGAGUGAUGUCCCCUGCAAUGCAAUUUGUUUUAAAAUUUAUGUUCGCAAAAUGUAUGGCAUUGGCAAAGUAGUUGAAGUUACUAGUACUUGUUGAUUUUACAUUUGCGGCUUGACAUUUUGACAACUGGAACUUAGUGUUUUUUCUUUUUUUUUAACACUGACAGAGUUCGACGUUGACAACAACAUCAUCCGUCACAUAUGUACAUGUCAUGCUAAAAUGACAGAGGUAGACAAAAAAGAUAGAGAGAUAAAAAAUGCACCUAGCAUUUUAAAAGCAAGCAUCUGGGCACAUUUUGGAUUUUAUGAACAUACUGGAAAGCACGAAUUGGACAAGACACACGCGGUUUGUAAAGCCAGUCACACAAAAAUUAAAUACCUAGGGAAUACUACUAACUUGAGAAAUCACGUUAGACGUUUUCACUCUGAGAUGCUAACCCCUGCCACUGCCGCCAGUGCCACUGCCAAGGAAAUAACAAGACUAGCUGAAGCUCAUCAGCCAAGAAUUGAUGCAAUGCUGUCAACUUUGCCACCCAACUCUGAAAAAGGGAAGAGAAUAACCAAAGCUGUGGCAACUUUCAUAGCGAAGGACCUACGGCCUUACUCUGUUUUGGAAAACCUUGGGUUUCGCAACCUGUUGAAGACACUAGAGCCACGUUAUAAGAUCCCGUCACGCAAUCACUUAACAGAAAACGUUAUACCUGCACUCUACCACGAAACAAAAGCUCAGGUAAUUGCAUCAAUGAGCCAAGCCAGUCGAGUCGCAAUAACGUGUGAUUCAUGGACUUCAGUCACGACGGAGUCUUAUGUAACAGUAACUGCACAUUACGUUAGCAAGGACUGGAAGAUCUUGUCGCAUGUGCUGCAAACGAGAGCAGUUUAUGAGUCUCACAUGGGUUCUCAUCUGGCGGAGCUACUGUCUCGUGUUGUGGAAGAAUGGCAGCUGUCCGAUAAAUCUGUAGUGCUUGUGACCGACAAUGCGUCAAACAUGAUUGUUGCUGCUCAAGUUGGAAAAUUCCCUCAUGUAAAAUGCUUCGCCCAUACACUGAAUCUCGCAUCCCAGCGGGCGCUGAAAGUGGCCACGCUCUCCAGGCUUUUAGGCAGAGUGCGACGAAUAUCAACAUUUUUUCACCGCAGCACUACAGCAAACCACUGUCUGAAAGAAAAACAGAAAUGUCUUGGUCUGAAGAAUCAUAAGCUGAUAACUGAUGUGACAACAAGGUGGAACAGCUCAUAUGACAUGGUCGAGAGGUUCCUAGAACAGCAACCUGCAAUCUGUGCCACAUUGUUGUCUCCAGAAGUCAGAAAAAGUGAGUCAGAUCUCUGCACUCUCAACUAAACAGAUGUGUCAAAUGCAGAGGAUGCUGUGAGUGCAUUAAAGCCAAUGAAAGAUGCAACCACACUGAUGUCAGAAGAGCGCAAUCCAACUGUUUCUCUCAUUGCCCCUCUAAAUGCACAACUGCUCCAGAACAUGACAGACACCAUGGGAGACACACCCAUGAUCCAUGAGAUCAAGAAUGCCAUCAAAACAGAUCUCCUGAAGAGGUACAGCAGUGAGGCAGAGAAGAAGAUACUUUAUACAGCCUCUGCCCUGGAUCCUCGUUUUAAGGGACUGCCUUUUAUUCUCACAGAGGAGGAGAGAUUGGAGAUAUACAGAGGAGUGACUGAGGAGGCUGCAUCCUUGGAGAUUGAGUGUACUAGUACAGUUACAUCUAGGAGGACAAACGUGGAUGAAGUGCCACUGCCUGAGGGAAAAGAAACUCUGGAAGAAGAAUCACCCAUCGAGGAGGAUAACCCUUCUCCUCCCAAAAGAAAGUCCACAUCGCUGCUCAUGACUUUGCUGGGACAGUCUUUCACUGACACUGAAGGUACAAUAGAACCCAAGACCCCCUAUGCCAAGGCUGAAGAGGAAAUAGAGAAAUAUUGUAAAGCCCCAUCUCUGCCUCUCACUGAAGACCCUUUGAAAUGGUGGCAUGUAC